AUGGGGUACAAACGCCAGCAACCUUUAGGGAAUAGCAGCCACCGGAAGAUUCCUCCCAAGCCCCACUGCCAUGCGGGCACAGGGGUGGCGGGAAGCCUCAGCCUCCCCGUGGUGGCCGGAAGACCUGGACUGCUCGUACCCCAGGAACAGCAGUUACAGCGCAGAGGGGACGGAGACCCCUGUGGCCCUCCCCGGGCGUCUCGUCCUUUGGUCUUAACUCCAGACGGGAGGCAGCUGCCUGGGCCCAGCGCGGUCCGCGGAGGGCGCGUCGCAGAUGCACUUCCGGUCAGCGCGGCGACGGCGAUAGGCCCGGACUGCGCUGGCCACUCGAGUCGGGCUGGAGAUCGGGGCGCAUCUGGGGCUCGCCCUCCCUCUAGAAACCGCGAAACCCCGAUUCUGCUGGUCCGGCGCGGGGCACCGGCUCAUUGGCGACGCCAAGGGGAAGGCCGCCCCGGCAGCUUAGUCGCGCCGGGCUCCUGGCAAUGGACAGGGACCCGUGCUCCGGCCACAGGCUCCGACGCUCCCCGCCCGGCUUCUCUCCAGCGACUGUCUUUGUACAGUUUCGAUUUGUGUCUAGGCCGGGUUCGCUUUGCUUUCGGUCAUUUCCUAUGGGCUUCCCGGCCUCUGGGUUCCUCCUGGCCCCCUGCUCCAAGCUUUCCGUUUUCGCUCCGGAGGCUGCCCUCCUGCGGCCAACCCCACCGGCCGCGCGGACCCGGCCUUCGCCGGGAGUGUGCCGGGGGCGUCCCUUUGGCUCUCUGCCCUCCGUCUCCUCUGGUCGCCAGCCCGGCUCCCAAGUUUGCUCCCCAGACUGCCUCGCUCCGCUCUUCUGAGCGAGGCCGGGGCGUUUCGACCUCCCGCUCCCCUCCCGGGGCCGGCGCGUGGAGACCAGCGCUGACCUUGGAGGCGGCCACGCUACCCCCCUCCCCUCACCGUGUCCCCCUGUCACCCCCGGCCCCCCUUGACUCCGGGGCUACCCAGUCGUGGCCACUGGGGGAGCGCCCCUCCCCUGGCGGUAACGCGCAGAGGCUUUCAAUCUGGGCUGCGCAAACCGUGCCUCGGAGCGGCCGGGCCUGGGGGUCAAACCAGGAAGAAGGAGGGGUGGACCUCAAGGCCGUGGAGACCCGACUUUAUUUGUAUUGUUUCAACUUGUCCUGAACGGUUAGACGAGGUGCGCGCUCGCGUACACCCGCUACGGGGAUCCCAACCCCUCGCUGGCUCGGCUGCCCGGCUCGGCCCGCCCGCUCGGCGCACUGAGCGGCCCUGGCUGGCCCGGAGGCCCUGGCGUCCGAGGUGCCUGGCUUCCUCGGUGCCUGGCUGGGGCGGACCUGGCUCGCGAAGGGCCGCCACCUGCAUUUUCCCGGACUAGGCCCUUCAUGAAUGUGUACACAUUUCCUUCAAGAGGUUAAGGAGCUUACGGAGAGGCUGCACAUGAACUACUUCAACCUAAGGGAAAGUCCCUUUUUUCUUAAUUUCUACGGUUAAGGACUUUAUAAAAGAGAUGGAUCUGUGCACUUUUCCUUGGAAACCCUAGACGGUGAGCAGUCAGCCUCUCUGUGGGGCGGAGAUGCACAGAGGUGGGACACCAACGAUCAAACUAAGUCCCAGAACCACCCAGGAUAAAGAUGAAGAAACCCUCUUGGAUGUUCUGACUCAAUAUCCUUGGCGUCAGGACAAACAAGUCAUCAUAAUCCUGCACAGUUUUUCUAAACUUAUCUGGAGUCUCAGCUCUGACAUUCAGAGAGGCAGAUGCCAGAGUGAAAAUGGAA